GUGACAUCAUGUUUGAAAACGCUCCACCCCCUCUUAACUUUAGUCAAGUUUUAUUAGUUGAUCUUAAACUAGAGUAAUAAAACAUCAUCAUUGUGUUUAGUUCAGAUCACUUUUAGUCUUUUAAAGUGUGUGGAGGGUUUUAGUGUUAAAUAUUGAGAAAAUGUUUUAUACAUCUCUUGUAUUGUGUUUGUGGACUCUGGUUGGUGUGUUUGGUGAUGAAGUGACUUUAGUGUCAGUGAUGGAGGGAGAUAACGUUACUCUACACACAAACUUUACUGAAAUUAAAGAUGAGAUCAAGUGGUUUUUUAAAGACAUCCUUAUCGGCAGAAUCAAGAAAUCAUGGAAACUCAUUCCUAAAUAUGAAGAUAAUGAUGUGACUCAGAGAUUCGGAGACAGACUGAUGAUGAACACUCAAAAUGGAGAUCUCAACAUCAUAAGUAUCACACCUCAAGACUCUGGAUGUUAUAAAGUAAUAAAUGUAGCUGGAAAUAAUUUGAUAUUUAAAGUUAUUGUAAAUGCUGUUUCUACUGUCAGUAUUGCUUCUUCUACUGUCAGUACUGUUUCUUCUACUUUCCGUAUCACUGUGCCUCCAAAAAAGCCAUCAGGAGGACCACAGCCAAAUUAUAUGACUAUGAUCUAUUGUGCUGCUGCUGCUGGAUGUCUGCUGAUUGUAGUUGUAGUUCUGAUUAUCUGGAUCUACAGGAAACACAAAAACAAACAUCAACAGGAUCAGACUGGUGAAGAUGAGAUCACUUACGCUGAUACAACAUUCUACAAACGAAAAACACAGACAAAGAGAGUUAAAAAUGAAGAUGAUGUGGUGUAUGCAGGAAUUGUGACCAAACGUUGAUCAACUGUGGCACUGUUUUAUAUACCAUACGGGUCGAUGUUUUCAUUACAGAUACUAUUUCUCUGUUUGACAAAAUAUGAGCGAAUUAUCAAUAUUAAUGUAUGAUUAUUUUGUUUUUGUCUCUGAAUAAGCAUUUUUACAUUUAUUUUAUCCUUUCAUCUAUAUUGUCAUUUGUUAAUGUCUCUUUCCUGGCAGCAUUUCUUUAUUUAUCUGUAAAAGUUGCAUUCUUUAUGUAGAAAUUAUUUUGAAAAUUACAAAACCAUUGAUUUUGUAAAUGGUUCUCCUGGCUAAACUGUACACUCUCAGAAAUAAAGAUACAAAAGUUGUAACUGGGACAGUACCCUUUCAAAAAGGUACACCUUUGUACUCAAAGAGUGCAUAUUAGUACUUUGAACUGCCAAAAUGUACCUUUAAAGGUACAUAUUUGUACCUAAAUGGUACAUAUUAGGACCUUUUUUAAAGGGUACUGCCCCAGUGACAGCUUCGUACCUUUAUUUUUGACAGU